CGCCGCUGCAGCUCGCACUUGGUUCCUAGUCUACUAAUCACAGGGAUUCUGUUACUGUUGUUGGAAAGUCAGCGAUCAAACAGCUAUGGUGCGCUGGUUUGGGUUCGGGCCAACAAAUCGGAGAACGAUGCUACUAGCCUUUGUUGCAUACUUGCUUGUGUUUCUGAGCCUGUGCUGGGCCCAGGCUCCAGGAGAUGAGGAUGAUCGAUGUACAGUUAAUCACUCAAAUCCCCCACAAUAUCCCGACAAUGAGACGAAUCUGAUGGACAGUUACAGUUACGAGAACCUCUUACCUGGAAAUGGAACUGGGAACUCUCCCAUAGCUACUGCAGUCUGGAAUGACUUCAGUUUUGAUGUAAAUGAUGUCACUCCUGGAACACUGAACCCAACCUAUUGGCAGCAAGGAGCUGGAGGAAUAUGUCGAUUUCAGACACGUGUUUGUGGAUGGAGAAGAGAAGGAGCCACUCAGAAUAACUGGCUCUUUACUCAACACAUCAGUCCAGAUUUUGACUCCAGCAUAUACAACUAUGAUGUGACGAUACAUGUAGAGGCGAUUUACUCAUUGCAGAGUUGUAGAGAUCGGCAAGGGUGUAUACAAAGAUUCAAUCUUCUCCACUACAUGACUAACUCACAACAGCUCCCCAGCACCAGUGGAAAUGGAUACAUGAAUGCACAAAAUUAUGAAAAUUUUGCAGUACCAGAAGGACCUGUUUCCUCAAAGACUUACACCAAUACCUACAAUUUCACUCUGCCACCAUCUUCCACCGGUUUCUACAUAGCUGUCCAGGACAUUGGGUCAUGUAUAGCUCUAUCAAGACUGAGAGUCUAUCGCAAUAACUGCAAGUCUCGUCAGGUUGGACUGGUCCAAUAUCUUGAUGCUCCUGCUCCAAUGUCUGGCUCAACAAAUAUUGAUAUCAGUUGUGUUGAAAAUGCAGUGCCUAGAAGCUCAAGAGUCAAAUGUGGCAGUGAUGGCACAUGGGGUUCUCAAAGUCCUGUGUGUCAGUGUAGACUUGGAUAUGAGGAUAGGCAGACGGAGUGUAUUACUUGUGGAGCUGGUCAGUAUCGUUCCAGUGAAGACACUACCUGCCAGCAAUGUCCUGCCAAUUGUGAAACUGAUGAGGUGGCUGCCGACGAAUGUGAGUGUUUGGAUGACUACGAUAGAAACAACGUGAACAGAAUGACUGCACUAGGAGCACAGCGCUUCCUCACUCUUCCAGCCAAUGAACUUCCAAGUGAAAAAUGUACACAACCUCCCAGUGCUCCAGGCAGCCUUUCACUGAGUCCCCAACAGAGCAGUAUAACUGUCAGAUGGUCAGCACCAGCAGACCUUGGUGGGAGGAGAGAUCUCUACUAUCAGGUGGAAAUAAGUGACCCAGACAACCUGGGGUCGUUCACUGGGACAGUAUUCCUCAGUGGAAGUACCACCAGUAGGACAAUCUCUGGCCUAAGACCACACACUCAGUACUGUGUCAGAGUGACAUCCCACAAUGGAGUCAGUGACCAGGACCCUGAUGGAGAACACCUCAGGACUGAAGGGGAGUGCACUACAACGUCAGAGCUCGUCCAGGAGUGGUGAAUGGAGUUCAGGGGACGUAUCCCUAUGUGGUAUGGAACCCCCCAGAGGAGCCAAAUGGAGUCAUCACGGGCUACAGACUGGUGUUCAGUAGGUCAGGGACCUCCACUACGAGCACUGUCACCACCACUAAUGAUCAGACCUUCUACAUCAUCCAAUCAUCUGAUAUCCCCUGGACCUCCGGAAAGUUCAGAGUAACAGUUGCAGCUGGGAACAGUGUUGGUUUCGGGCCUCAGUCUUCAACUUCUCCACUCAUAAUGACGGCGAUUCAUGCCGUAAGUACAUCUAUAAUAUG